AUGACCCAGAUUAAAGCGGAAAAUGUUCAAUUAAAACGAGAAGUCAAUGAGCUUAAUGCGAAAGUGUCUAAACUUGAAGAAGAACAAGAAAACAUCAACUCAUAUAGUCGACGGGACUGCCUUGAAUUUCACGAGAUACCACAAAAUUCAACAGAAAACACGGAUGAAUUAGUCAAGCGUGUCGCCAACUUAAUCGGAGUCGAAAUUAAUCCGUACGAUAUAUCUAUCUCCCAUCGUCUGCCAUCUAGAAGAGGAUCAACUCCACCCAUUAUUGCAAAAUUUACCAAGAGACGUACUAAAGAAAUUAUUUAUCAAAGCAAGAGAAAGUUGAAAUCUAGAAACUCGUCUGAUAUCGGUUGUGUCAAUACGGAAAACAAGUUAUUCAAAUCGCGUUUGCAGACGAGUUUUAUUACGGUUUUUAGUACUUCAAAGUGUCCUUUUUCCAAUUAUACUAGUCACUGUGUGUAAUUAGGUCCCACUUUUAAGAAAUUCAGCGUAGAAAAUAGUAGGAUUUGAAAGCUGUAUUUUGACAUGGCGUUCUUUGUUGCUAAAUAUUGUCACAAAUGCUCCGCAAUUGAAAACCUAAGUUAGUUUAGAUGAAAUUACGAUAGUUUUCCGGUGGUGGGUGUGAAUAUCAGAAAUUUUGAACAAAAACUUUUGAAAUUAUGUUUAUUUAAAUUCAGCCCAUUUUUUCGUUUAAUUAGCCGGCGAAUUUCUCCCGCAACGGUGCGAGACCAAAAAAUCGCUAAAACUUUGAAACUAAAUAUAUUUUCAAAAUUCCACAUAGCAUUUGUUUGUUGUUAAAGUAAAUGUAGUUCACGGUAAAAGUUUCGAAGAAAUUUAUUUUUCGAGCCCCAAGUCAGUGGGCGGUUUUUAGAGACACACGCUCUUAAAUCAGCUUAUGAAGCAAUCCUAUAAUGGGGGGUGAAAGGUUUUCAGAUCGUCGGAUUUCACAGAAAAAAUUGUUCGGAUUUCGGAUCUGGCAAAUAUUUACAUGGAUUUACGGGUCUUAUUAAAACAGUGGAUUGCGGAUUUAUCUCAUAUUUUGGCUCGGAUUGUGGAUUUAGCUUGCAAUUUAGUUUGGAUGCUGGAUUGUGACUUCAUAGUAGAGCUUUUAGCAGAUUCAAAUUUAGACAAGACCAUUGUCGGAUCGUGGAUUUUGCUUCAAAUAUGGGUGGAUCAGUGGAUUUGUAUACCCCUAUUCAACCCCCCUAUAAUCCUAACAUGUUCUGUGACUAAUGCACCAUAUAACAAAAUUUUAACGUAACAUAAUAAUUGUGAAUGCUGUGACUACAUAUAUAAAAUGUACCAUAUAUGAAAAAAUACAUGAGUAGUCAGUAUAUAUUAUUUAUGAAUAGACAAUCGAUAUUAUUAUUAAGAGAAGCAUGCACGGUUACUCACCUAAAAGCUUUACGAUGUUACUUUGGGCAAUCUUCUAAGAUAUAACAAAAAGUUUUUGUCAGAGAAUUUUGACUUAUGUACAUAGCCAGAGCAAAAUAUAGAAUACUCGUCAUUCUGUAGAAAGCCGCCAUCUUUGUUUUACGGCCUGUUACUAAUUAGUUGACCUGAGUGUUUAAUGCAUGCACGCACACACACACACAACUCCUCGAUAGCAUAGUAUCUAGCGCUCCGCACAGAGACAAUGAAGAGAUUUUAGAUGAUAUGCCAAAGAGAAAAUGAUGUCUGAAGUUCAGUAAGUUUUGCUUAUACAGAUAUUGCACAGCACACUCCCUAUAAGGAUUUUUCACUGAUUGGUUACAUUAGGACUGGAACUGAUGUGAAGCAGAUUCGCGUCAUUUAGUAAAAUGUAUAAAGCUAAAACAAGGUAAUUUUGAGGAGAGCACCAAAAAGAUUAAAUUCGGUUUUGAACACUUUUCAUUGCAAAUACAUGACAUUGACAUCCAUUACCGUUUGUUAUGGUCUUGUAUCCACGAUGGUAAAACUCUUUGUUGUGAGGUUGUCGACGUUUGGUGGAUGACGAGCAAAUUGAGAGAUACACAUGCACACUUCAAAAACUAUUACCAACUUACUUCCGCUUGCCGUCCUAAAUAUUUGACGUUGUAGGUACUUGAGCUAUUGACUUAUUUAGAACAACGUCCUAGUCACAGUCCUCUGCUUAGCCCUGACGUCCUAGCUGACGUCGACGUUGUAGAUAUUAAGCUAUCUAUUAUCUAAUUUUAAAGUAUUAUUUUUGGGAAACAGUUACGUUGUAUAUAAUGUUGUAUUGCACACAGUUUUAUUUGUCAACUAUCAGUGUAAAUGUACUGUAUAUACAAUAUGUUCCUUACAUAAUGAGUAGAAGAUAUUUUAUUGCUAUUUUUUAAAGGGUUUAUCCUGUGUUACGCUUGGUGAAUCAAGAGAAGGCAAAGAAACAACUGAAAGUUGUUUCAAAUGGGUGCUACAGUUCAGAGCAACUAAGAUGCUUUGGCAUUGGCCGAAUAUAUACGUACAACCGCUUCAAAGAAGUAUUCCUUUGACGGAAAGUGUGCGUUUGCAGGAAGAAAGGGAACAUUGUUUAAUGUGUGGUGAAACGUUUUCUGUUAGCGAAUGUGUGAUCAUCUACGAGUUUGCAAGGUGCAUAUAAUUUAGAUAUAUCAGAUGCAUAUGUAUUUAAAAUGAUAAACUACGCCAGGAUGGAUCCAGCAUGAUCUGGUAGAGGGUGAUCCGACACAUAACUACAGUAAUGCAAAUGGAACCAUGAAAUGCCAUGUCCUGUGAUGUGGGCAUCAAAUUCAUAUCUCCAUUUCUCAAUUAUCCAUGUCUCAUACCACUCAAUCUCAGAGCCCCAUUAGCCAUGUUGCAUACCACUGUGGCAAGGCACUAGUUGAUAGUCUUGCUUGACUACUGAAUUUGAAUUGUUUUCUUAUCAUCAUGUGGAUUACUGGAAUUACUGUAUCUCAUUUUGUCUGUAAUAUUUUUUUGUUUCUUAAAAUCAGAAACCCCCAGCAUCCCCUCUUGUUCCAGUAUGGCUUAAGGCUAAUUGAAUGAAAAUUACAAACAUGUAUUUUUAAUAAACUACAAUACUUAACAAUUCCUAUAGCAUUAUAAUUCUUCAGAUGAAGAUGAAACUGAAGAGAGAGAUGAGAAUGUCCAAUCAGGAAUUAUAAGUCAAAGGUUAAUAUCAAUUCAUAGAAUGUUUCAACAUAACAUAAAUAUAGUUUACUAUGCAUAUGAUUACAUAAUUUGAACUGGUAACGUUUGAAUCACAGAAUACGAAUAUAUAAUCGAAUCAAUAAUGUAACUGCUCUAUAGAAAAUCACACAUUUCCAUUGUAGGUGACAAAACAUCAUUUCAAUUGUUUUCAAAUUUAUCUUCAGAAACGACGUCGUUCAAGUUACAGAUGAUGACGCAUUAAUUGAAAAUACCACAACUUUGUCAUUUGCCGUAACACAACCGGUAUCUAAUGCUGAUGCAGAAGGCAACUCAGCCAAUGGCAGUGACCUGGAUUCGACAGCCCCAGCUCCAAGACAAAUUGAUGCACUGAACUUGAAAACAGGAAUACCCAGAUGA